ACAUGACUAAAUUAGGUCCAUUAAUUUCAAUAGUCCUACUCUAAGUAAAACUUAGUUAAAUGUGACGCUUUGUGUCAGGUUAAUUGUAAUUAGGGCUAUCCAUAGCAAAGACACAAUUAUCAUUUAAAUAGCACUUAAAGAAAUAACAACUGCUUUCCAAAAUGUAUUCCAAAAUUUAUUUCGUUCAUUACCGCAGUCCAAUGAAGUAGUUUAUUUCCAUAUAAUCCAAAUUAUGAUUAUGUGUCAGGGGCAAGUGGGGGAAUAAAACAUAAUGAUAUAGGUGCUAGAAUUUAAUUAAGGUUUGGGGUGUCAAAGCUAAUUUCCUUGGAAUUAAUAACCAGACUCAUAUGUACUUAAGAUGUGUGUUAGAAAUUGCUAAUCUGGAAUUAGCACAUGUAAAAGCUAGUUAAGUAGGCAGCUUCCAGUUCAUUGGACACUGUAAUCCUAGUAAAAUCAACAGAAGUAAUAAGCUAAAUAAAAAGCAAUUCAAGUUUCAUAAAAUGUAUUUCAUUUUAUUAAAUGGAGUAGAACCAGGGCUGGCACUAGAUGUCAUGAAAGUACAACAAUUUGUGAUUUUCAUUAAAGUACUGUUGUAUUUUUACUCCCAGAAAAAACGGAGUUUGUUGAUUUUCAGUCUCUGGUGCAACAUAUUUUGAUAAUAUGUAUAACUUGGCUUGAGGCGGGGGCGGCAUUCCCCUCAGGCAGUAAAACGUCUCGGGCCAGCCUUGAGUUAAAAGGCGACCUUUCCUUUGGGUUGAAGAGCGGCGCGUCUACUGGCGCCACGAUCUUCUUCCCCGCCCACUGACGUCCCUAAAAAGUUCCCAUGAUGCUCCGGGAGGGCGGCCAUUCAAACCAGAGCGACGUCGGAGAGCAGAAAAUGGCCGCGCCCGAAGCGACGCAACGAGAAGCCGACUCCGGCUUGGAACUGCGCGACGCUCCCGCCGUUGCCGUGACUGUGGCGCCGGCGCCGCCCGUGGCUUCGGUCCCCGGCGGCGCCUCCUCGGUGUCUGUGGUUUUCCCCGGCUUCGUGACCCGCGAGGGCUGCUUCCGUUUCACCUCCGAGUUCAUGAAGCACGUCUUGUACCAGAGGCAGCAGCUGCCUUUGCCUUACGAGCAACUCGCCUGCUUCUCCCGGAGGCAGUUUCCGAAAUCCCCCGGCCAGGAUGAAGAUGUGGUCAAAAAAAUCAAUCCAAAAGAUCAAGAAAGCAACAACAAGAGGUGUCAGCAAGUACUGAGUGAACUUGAAGGAAUGUUUCAGCACUUAGAAAACAUGUUCAGUUUGACAUUGGUCCCACGAGUUCUUAUUCUGCUUGGGGGCACUGCUGUCAGUCCCAAAGAACUCUAUGAGAUCAAUCUGCAAGGUAUCUCCAUGAGCAGUGCUGAUGAGAGUCUGCAGACAGGAGCCUGUAUUCGCAAGCUUUUCCGUUCGCUCUUCCUGGCAGAUGUAUUCAGCGAGCUUCAAGCCAUUCCCACUAUGGGUGUCGUUGUUAUGGUUCAAGGGCACCGCAACUGUGGCGUUAACUGGUUCAGACCGAAACUAAACUACAAAGUGCCAGCCCGAGGGAGGAAGUUGACGGUCAGCUUAUCGUGCAGUCACAGCAAGAAUACAGUCCUUUCUGCCAAUCAGGAGAUGAACUUUAACUUGGAUGAUUACAUAUGGUUUCAAGCUCCAGUGACAGUGAAGGGCUUUCGUUACUCUUGACAACGUUUUUAAGAGAGAAUGCUUAACUUCCUGUCUCCAUAUUGCUUUGUAAUAAAUCUGAUCAGCUGCAGCCACAAGUUCCCCUCAUUUGAACCUUUUUGCCAGACCCUUUAGAAAUCUGUGAUGAGCAGAUGAGUACUAUCAUAUUCUCCAGAGUUAACUUCCUUUCAAAAUGAUGGAGCUUAGAAGCAGAUCCACCUAGGAAUAUAGGAAGGGCCUUUGGGGAAUUGAUUCAAAAGGGAAAAGAGAUUGCUUUAAGGCCUACGAAACCUAUUACAUGAUACUUGAAAUAGUUAUACCAGCGGGGAACUUCCUGCAUAAUAUUAUAUUAUGGACAAUGUUUACAGGUAGAUAACUACAAUGUUCAUGAAUUGCUUUGGUUUCUGUGAUUGUUCAAGAAUCUGGUAAAAGCCAUAUAACUUUCUGCUUUUUCCUGAGUAAUAAAUGUUACUGUCUAAGGAGCUAUUGUAAGGGUUGUGGCCAUAAUUCAGAGCAGCACAAAUCCCCUCAACACUGGAGGCCUAAUAACUUUUAAAGUUUGCAUCCCCACAGGAUUAUUAGAGUGGGAAAAGUUGGUUUAGAAAUAUUUAUCUGGUGCUACGCAGGUGCUUUGAACUACAACUCCCACCAUCCCUGACCAUUGAUCAUGCUGGCUUCAGGUCCUGAGAGUUACAGGGCAUGAGGAGGGCACUAGGGAAGGCUGCUUGUGAACAGUGAUUUGUCUGAAAAAUUACAAAUUGGGGUGAAAACACUUUCUAAAUUGUGGAAUGUAAAAUAAUGGAAGCCUUUUUGGCUGAAGAGUUGGGUACAAAUGUUAUCUCUCAUAUUGAAAAGCUCAUUUUGCUUUCCUAACAGUUUGCGUACAUGAGUACUCUGAUUAAGCCUCCUCCUGUGUUUGUCUCUGUUAGUCAAAGCUAGAAGCUAACAUUGUAAAUGUGCUCUUUUUGGAAAAGGCUCUGAAGCACAAUCUUUGCUGUAAUAUCAGCUUCUAUAAAGCUGCACAAGAUGUUUUGCUCAUCUUCAAUUGCUGUGAUCAAAGUGAAGCUAUAGUUUUGCCUUCCCUAACCUGGUGUCCUCUGGUGUUAUUGGACUCCAGCUCCCAUCAGCCCCAGCCUGCAUACCCAGAGGUAAAGGAUGAUGUGAGUUGUUAUCCAAAGCAUCUACAAGGAAUAAAGUUGGUACUGAUGAUGUAAAAGCAGGUGUUAAGGCAGGUUCUCUGCUCAUUUGCCACAGUGCACCAUGACACUGAUGUUCUUCAUCAAUGAAGGUAAACUGCAGGGUAGGGCUGGGGGGUUGGGACAACCACUGUUGGGCAAGCAUUAAAGGAACUGGCAUCUUGUUCCCAAACAAUGGGCAACAUUUUACUUAAUGUGAACAUACCCACUAUGAAGGGUCUGGACGCUUUACACUGAAGUGAGCGAAGAGGUUAGUUAGUUGGAGAAGUGUGGCUUUCCUGAGGAUAGAUCCCUAUGUGUUUAGGUGGGAGUAACAUUUAUCAAAAGAAGCUCAAGACAGAUGUAAGGAUAAUUGGAUGUAAUAGGUUUUCCUCAGUUCCCUAAGGAAAUAUUUUUGGGAUGGGAAGCAUGAGUAAUAAGGAUUUUGUUCUGCUUGGAAGUUUUCAAGUUAAAGUUGAGACCUAUGGGAGAUCUAAGAACAUAUGUUACUUCUUGGGCCAAAGGCAUUUGAGCUCCAUUUAAACUAUUAUUUACAAAGCUGCUUGCCUGUUCUGGGCCAGAAAAGUUGCAAACUUUAAGGGAGAGUUUCUCUAGUCUCCAGCAUUAUGGAUUUUCUGACCUUUGGGACAUUUUUGUAUUGUGUUCUAAUUGUUCUGGGAGAGGCUAAACAAACAUCCUGCUUUUAAAAAAUGCCUGUUGAAAGCUAACAGAAACACAAAAGAAGCUGCAUCGGUUACUGUAGAAAAAAAUAUAGCUACUGAAUGUAUUUUUUUAAAACAACACUUUUUUCAGAGAAAAUAGCAUGGAUUAUGAGUAAAGUUGACUUGCCUUCUAAAAGGCUGCCUAUAUAGUGGAGCCCAGCCCUUGACAGUGUUCCUAAUCCUAACUUUACAGCCCCUACGUACAAACCCAGUCGUAAUCCACUAUAAUCUUACAAUGCAGAACGCUGUGUUAAAAAGGUUGAGGAACUGCUUCUUCCCACUUGCCAUAUUUCCUUGAGGAAAAUCUGUUGGGGGACUACAAGGCUGUUGUGGGUGAGGUUCAUAGCCACUAAUACCCACCCUCAUUCCAUUCGCCUCCCUCUCUCACGCCACCUUUUCCCCUGCACAGCAGUUAAGCUUAUACUGGCACCAGUGCAAGCUGUUUUUCACAAGGGGGGAGCUCCUUCCCAGCUGUAACUAUCUACCAAAAAUUGUUGUCCUUGCAUGGCAAUUUGCUUCCAUUGAAGCAGCUAAAGCCUAUUUUAUAAAGCAUAAUUGCACAAAGCAUAAUCCUGGGUUAGGCAGGACUGAAAGAGGAGAGGCUGCUUGCCAGAUGGGGAGGCUCCUCACGCCUGGGAAAUGUAUCUGUUUGAUUUUUGUGAAGGUGAAAUGAAAUGUAAAAGGAAUCUGUCUUGUAACAAAUCUUGUAAAAUCAUAAUAAGACAAGAACUCUACUACCUUGGCUUUAAAAAGAAGUUGCUUUAAUGUAAA